CUCUCAGUAGGUCACCCCCUUCUCCCUGCUUCAGUUUGCCUCACUCUCUUCAUCAUUUAACCGACCAGGAACUUCAUCUUUGAAACUUUCUUUGACUCAAGAAUUUCCUAGACACAAACUGAAACCUUCAGGAACAACCUAAACCCCAAAAACAAAUCAUUUUUACUGGAUUUUCCUCUUUUUUUCCGCUGUGGUGGAGGUUCAGGGGUAUUUUUAGACCUGCUAGAUCCAGCUCAUCACAAUUGCUCUGCGCUUGCUCUCUGCUGGAUUUGAGUGUAGCCUCCAUCAAAAAACAUCCUCACAUUCAACCCAAGCUAAAGAGGAUUUAACGAAGGAGUUACAUGCUUGUUUCUAUAGUAACACUGCCUUUCCGGAGCCUUUGAAGGACUGAAGGUUAUCACGGAACAUCCAGCAAACUUGAACGUCCAAGGAGUCAGCAGCAGUUGGUGCCUGUUCAAAGAUCAGCUCUGCACCCCGUGGUAACAACAGAAAUCUCUUUGCCAAUGAGCAGCCAGACCAACAGCGGGGAGGCGAGCUCUCCGGCUCAAACCAAUCAGAGGACAUUUUUGGAUGAUGUCCUCUUGACCUUCAGUUCACCGAUGGCCUGGCUGCUGGUCGUGGCUCUGAUCCUCACAUGGUCGGGAGUUGCCAUCGUUCUCUUUGAUCUGCUCGACUAUAAAACGUUGGCAGAGUACACAUCAUACUGUGACGACCCCGUGUGUUUAUCUCCUGGUCUCCCUCCUCCCUCUGCCAUGGGUAAGAGAAUAAUGAGGUCUAGAAGUGGUGUUCGUCCCAUAAAAUCAAGGCCUGCGCUCGUCCCUGCUGAUGUCACAGCUCAGGAGAGUGCUGAUUGGUUGGAGAUGAUUUGGACCUUUGUUGCCAGUUUGGUGGCUCCUGAGGAUGAGGAGGAAGGUAUUCACCAGCUAACUGAAACCCUCACAUCUUUCCACUCUGAAGAGCUCUGAACAAGAGAAGUCGGCAUGGGGAGAGGACGAGUACUGACAAGAAGUUUAAAGAGAGAGGAAGAGGAGGCAGAAAGAGAUGAGUGUCUGUCUGAAGUGGAGGAUGUAAAGGAACUGAAGAAUGAGGAGCAGGAUGUACAGUUUAGCACAGUUAUGUUUCUUUAUGACCGCCUGUCAUCAACUGGAAUUUGAUGAAUAAAAUCUGCCAAUUAUCA